GAAGUGCACGAAACUAAUGAGAGCCAUAUUUUAACCCUCUGAGCUCUAUUUCUGUUGACAGAUGUGGGUGAGGGGAUGUGAAGACGUUUAUACUCCAAUUAAUCCAUAAAAGAGGGAAUUUAAGUGACGAAAUGAAUGGGAUUUAAUUGUUCAAAGCUAAAAUCCGUGAAUGAAGAGUAUUUUAAUAUUUUUUUGGGUCGAUUGGCGUGAAUUCUGAGUGAUGAAAAGAGUUGGAAAAACUUUGUCGAGCUUUUGGAGUCGUAUGUGAGGGGUUUAUCCCACCGAUUAUAGAAUUAUUCUGGAUUACCAGUGUUUGGCUGAUUAAUUCAAGUGAAUUCUUCGAACAUCAAAUAAGUUCAAGGAAUUUAUUGGAGUAUUUGACCCACAAAAUCUGUCUAUGGAAUAAACUGGAGCUCCUGGAGUGAAUUUCCGGACAAGAAACUCAAUUCUUGAAUUUUGUAGAAGUGAUUCAGAGGAGUAAUUAUUCCCAUCCUGAAUUAUUGUGUUGAAGACAAUUUUUUCUACAAACCUUUGUUUUUUUCCUCAUCAAAAGACAAUCUUGGACAAUGGCUUUCAAAAAUGACUUGAAGCUGCUGCUGAAGCCCUAUUAUUUGAUCAACAUUCUCCUCAGUCUCUCCUACAUGAUUGUUAAAAAAGUUGCAUUUAUCUGUGAAUUCAUGUUCAAUGAAACUGACUGUGAGCUGGAAGGGAGGGAGAUGGAGAUCCUCUUCUUCCUGGUGAUAGUCAUAUCGUUCAGGACGAGGAAGGCUGGCAGUGUCACCAUGAUCAAUUACUUGUCCUCCAGCUUUGUCUACACCAAGGUUGCUAAUCUCAUUUUAUGGUUCUAUGCUGAUAUAAGGUGUGGGAUUUUGUUCGCUAUCAUUAUUACUCUUUGUGGUCUCGUGCUGCCAGAGCCAACAUACCAGGGCCCCGAAAAUAUUACUUACCUGAGAGGAGCAACUGGUCUCCAGGAGGAGCUGAAUAGAGACACACGAGUUAUUUGGAUUGUUGCCUUCUACACAGCCUGGAAUCCAGCCUGUGUCAACUUUGCUCCAACGUUCUCCCAACUAUCAGCUGAAUAUGCCCUGGAGAACUUCAAAUUUGGAAAAGUCGACAUUGGAAGAUACCCAGACGCAGCAGCCAAGUACCACGUCAGCGAUGCCAGCACCAGUAAACAAUUGCCCUCGAUACUCCUCUUCAAGGAUGGGAAGGAGAUAGAACGGAGGCCCUACGCCGACAGCAAAGGGAAACUAGUGAAGUUCCUAUUUUCAUUGGAUAAUAUAAAGGCUGCUUUCGAUCUCAACAACAUCUACAAGACCUGCAAGGCAAAUCCAAUCAAGAGAAAAGAGAAAAAAGAUAAGAAAACAGUGAAAGCAGAUUGAGAUUAUCAAUAAUUUCGGAUAAUAUAAAAAUGUGAAAUUAAAGUUUGAAAUGUUGGAUGAGCCAACAGACUACCAAAUGUGUCCAUAAGGAGAAACAAAUAUUAGGAGAGUAAUGCUAUACAUUAUAGGCAUUUAUUUAUAUUCACAAUGUGAAUGGUGACAUAAUUUUCAACACUUUCACACUAACAGAUUCGUCAUUAAUUCAGCUAAUGAAUCAUUCGCUCAAAGUUAAAAACAAAAUGUUGAAUUGCGAUCCAUUAAGUAACGUUUAAGUCUAGUCUUCAGUACCGCACACAUUUCUCUAAAAUGAAUUUUUCAAUUCGUUGAUAAAUACAAUAUGAUAAAGCAAUUGUACAUUUGAUUUAUGUCAAUCAAAUAAUAAAAAAUAGAAUUUAUUA